AUGGCCACCAUGGCCUUCCCCUCCCUUUCCUUACCUCCACUCGACGACAGCAUGGAAGUGUCAUCAUCGCCUGCGGGCAACCUGCACGACGGCGACAUCGACAUCGACUUUGACGACGACUACUACAGCAACACCGGAGGCGUUCAGCUGACCGACGACGAGCACAUGCUCGAGGAUGGCGACCCUGUACGACCACCGACUGCCACUGACGAGAUGAUGGGCGACGAUGAGAAUGUGAUCGCUGCGCCGGUCAACGAAGAAGUGAUGCAGGAUAGUGAUCAAGCUGGCCCAUUCGACCUAGCAGAUGAGGAGUUGAUUGACUAUGAUGAUGACGAUGACGUGCAGUAUGACGGUCAAGUGCCACUUGCAGAUACCAUAUUCGAGGCCACCGAGCCUUCUGUACACGAUACUGCGGCCGUUUCCAACGCGACGGGCGAAAUACAGUCACAGGUGGUGGAGCCUGCAGAUGAAGAGAUCAUACGUCAGCCCGAGGAAGAAGUGAGACUUCAAGAGGCACUGCUCGAAGAGGCAACCGCCUCGGGACUUGAGGGGACAGCACAGGUCGACAGCACCGUACAGCCGGCCACUGAAGUCGCCGCGCAGCCAGCUGAAGUGCAAGAAGCACCGGCAAACAGCGAGCAGGCUGGCGUAGACGUGCCAGAUGUACAUGGCGAGAGUAACCAGGAGUUGUACCCGCUUGAGGACGAGACGAAGGGACUGGAAGCUGUCGAGAGCGGCACCGCGGACGAUGCUGAGCCAGCAGCCACUAUUGAAGGAGAAACAGCCAGCACCGAGAUGCACUAUCGCAAGCCGCCCCCUCAGCUUCCAGGCACUCUCUACACGAGCACUCGUCAAGUUUCCGAAGGUCCGCCAACCCCGACAGACACUGGCUUACAUCCCAUGACUGUGCGCUACGGUCAUCAUGCUCUGCCUCUGUUCAAGUCUCGCAAUCAGCUUGAUGGCCUGCUCAAGAAUGACAAUCUCGCUAACGUCAGUCUCUCUGACUUGAUCAAGAGCUGCAGAGAGCGACUACCUGUGACGACGGGUGAGACUGUUUCCGACGAUCAGAAUCUUAUCCUUUGCUUUGAUACCAUGGGCCUUUUCCUUGUCGAAGAUUCUUCUGCUGCGUCUGAAAUCAGUCUUCAAGAUGUUCUGGAUGUCUAUCUGCUUUUGCACCGUAAUGACGGCUAUGAUGACGUUCCGCCACUCUCUUUGACACUCACUGUGCAGCACAAAUUUACCAGCCAUCUUGAGAUGUACAAGCAAGCAGCUUCGGAAGGAAAAGGGCUGUCCAGCUUUGCUAUCGCGCAGCUCCCAGACGAUGACCAUUACGACGAAGAAGCAGAACAAGAGGGAGCCUAUGAAGAUGCCAAUGACACUGAGCAGACACUAGUUGAGGACGUCAACGGCAACGAGGAAGAUGCCACGGCCGAGCACGAUCACGCACAAGACUUCACAGAGAAUGCCGCCGAGGGCGAACACGAGCAGUAUGAUGAGAAUAAUGACUAUGCAGAGGAAGGCGACUACUCUGGUCAGCAUGAAGGUCAAGAGUACAUCGAGGACACCAACUACGAAGAGUAUGAUGAGCACGCAGAAUAUCCAGACCCCGAGGAAGAAUUCGAUGGCAGCGCUGAGGACAGCGCUGUUGCUCCAGUGGCGGAUCACAGCGAUGCUCACACGCACGAUGAGAAUGUUAACAGCGAAGCCGUCGCACUGGACUCCGCUGCAAGUUCAGCAAACGUUCAAGCUGCUCACAAGAACGAUGUCACUGACACCGCUGCGGAGGACAGUCGCCACGAGCUCGCACCACUCACUGAAGAGCACGAUUACGCCGAGGACCUGAACUUUGAUGAAGCCUAUGCAGCUGCCCACCAUGACGAUGGCGGCCAAGAUCCAGCCACCGUGGAAGGAACUGCCAAUGAUGAGCUAGGUCUCGACUUCGGCGCGGAGGACCCAUACAAUGCGGACCUCGCAUACCCGGAACCCGAAGAGGCCGAUGUGCAGCAACACCCCGAAGCUGGAGAGGAGCUUGCUCAACACGAGGAGCACAACGAAGGCCACGCUGACCAUCUGGAAAACGGCGUUGAAGGCGAGGCUCAGCCUCAAGAUGAUGACCAAUUCCAUACUGCGUUUGACUUACUUGAUGGCGAACACCCAGAAGACGGACCAGGAGACGAGGCGCCCACGGAUGCCCAGGACCAGCCGGCCGCUACCGCUGAAGAAGUCGAGGACAACAUCAUCUUCGACGAUGACGUAGAAGAAGAUGCCUCCAAUGACAGGCCCGCAGAAGCCGCUGCGAACAAUUCCCCGCUCGGAAAGCGCUCUUUCGAAGAGCAUGCUGAUGACGACUUGUUCGACUUCGGCGAGGAAGAGCCCGACCUCAAAAAGGCACGCUCUGGCUAG